CAUCGAACCUGCUCUGCUACCAGCAAAAAUGGCGUCCAUUCGAUCCUUCACAUUACAGUGCCUGCCUUGGAGCCGGUCUUCUUUGAUUCGCUCCCAGCAGCGUCGAUGGGCUCAAGUCCAUGAUGUUCGUUUCCUUGCGACCCACCACGACCCCAACCAGGUCCUGGAUAGAUACCGAGCGAAGCUCGACCAAAGGGCUAAGCAGGAGGGCUUUGAUUCCGUUGAAGCACUGAAGAAAGCCCAUCAAGAGAAGAUCGAUAAGCUCCGUCGCGAAGCAUCAACAGUUCUGACCCCGGAGCCGCCAGCUCCCUCCAAGAAACCACACUCCCCUCCUCCCCCUCCCAAACCUCAAUCCGCCGCACAAUCGCAAGUCGCUGCCGCCGCCAAGUCAGUCUCCUCAAGCGGUAUCAAACCCCUAGGCUCUUACCUGGAUGUGGAGAAAGUCCGCGCCCUUCCUCCCAAAGAAAUCGAAGCCAUCUGGCGCCUCCGCCACGCCUCGAACUCCAAUUCUAUCUGCGCCGUUAUUCCCUUAGAGACGUAUCAGCGCAUCGCCUCUGCUGCUCGCCAGAACCCGCAGUUCAUCCUUCCACUCCCCCGCUCGGCAUCCGAGUCCCAAAGUUCCGAAGCGGAAACCACCGCCACCGGCGACAAGGGCGGUGCAGACAUUCAUUUCUUACAAUGGGCUUUCCACCCACCAGCCUCCGCGCCUUCGGCAGUUAAUACGCACACUUCUACUGUGAUCUUCACUCCGCUGGCUGCGUAUAAGCUGCAUGGUGCUUAUGCGCAGCCGCAUACAACUAUAACGCAUCAUCUUGACCUUGCGGAUGAUAAGGGGCUGGUUCUUAUGCAUGGCCAGGUGAUGCCUGACUCGGGAGUCUCGACUGCCGAGGCUACGUGGUUAGUUAGCUGCGUGCAGCGGUUCUACGACUUCGGCGGCCAGGCGAGUGGACGAAAGGGGGAACUUCUCCGCAUGUUUACCCAGGGCGAUGUUCAGAACUUUAGGAUUGAAGAGUUGAUGGCUGAAGCGGAGAAAUUGUAG